AUGUACGAGCCGUCCAUCUCCGGGUUGCAAGCCAACUCAACCCGCCUCGUUCGCCGCUUACCCCUCGGGCCCACACAUCUGAACCUCUUCGCGCUCUAUUACAUCCUCGAUAUGGACCCGACGUACACCCAACUCCAGAUGCGCCUCUACAAGCGCGAGCUCUCUGAAUACACAUAUCGCCUCUACGACAAGGCUCGUUCCGAUAUGCAGGCGAAAGGCCUCACCUACUUGCCGCCUACGCCCAUGGUCCGCGGUCCGCUCGCAGCCGCGCCCGCAACAAAUACGCCUGUUCAGCGAGCUGUGGCAUGA